AUGGAAAACCCGUUCCUGUGCGACGUACGUGUCCAGAGGUUCACUAACGUCAGAAAAAUGGUACACCCGUGGACGCGCAUAGAAAAGAAACAGUACAUGUGUGAAAUUUGCAACAAGGACUUCACUAACAGCAACACCCGGAAUAUUCACCAGCGGACUCACACGGGAGAGAAACCGUACCCAUGUGACAUUUGCCACAAGGAGUUCAAUACCAGAUGUAACCUAACAGUGCAUCGGCGGAUACACACAGGAGAGAAACCGUAUACGUGUGAUAUUUGCGACAAAUCAUUCAAUCAUAGCAGCGCCCUGACUAUCCACAGGUGGACGCACACGAGUUAUAGACCGUACCCGUGUGAUGAUUGCGACAAGACGUUCACUACCAGAGGAUCCCUGAUAGUACAUCGGCGGACUCACACGGGAGAGAAACCGUAUACGUGUGACGUUUGCGACAAAUCGUUCAGUCAAAGCAGCACCCUGACUACCCACAGGUGGACGCACACGAGUCAUAAACCGCACCCGUGCGAUGGUUGCGACAAGAAGUUCACUAACAGAGGGGCCCUGACAGUACAUCGGCGGACUCACACGGGAGAGAAACCGUACCCAUGUGACAUUUGCAACAAGAUGUUUGCUAACAGAAGCUACCUAAAUGUGCACGUUCGAACGCACACAAGAAACAAACCUAAUACGUGUGAAGUUCACGACAAAUCGUUCAGUCAUAGAUGCAUGUAUCGUGACGAUACGUCGGCAGACUCACACGGGUGA